ACUGUUGCUGCAGCUGUGGAAGCGAAGCUCGGGACACAAGUUAGAGAGAGAGAGUAAGAGAGAGAGUGAAAUCAGAGAGAGAGAGAGAUCUCUUGUUGUCAACAGACGAGAAGAUGGCGAACCCGUGCCUCGACAGUCUGAUCCUGAAGCUGCACGAUGUGAACGCGGUGAAGUUCGGUCAGUACAAGCUGAAGAGCGGCAUGAUGACGCCCAUCUACAUCGACCUGCGCGUGUUGGUGUCCCAUCCGGCUCUCAUGAACCAGGUGUCGAGUCUCAUCUACCAGCGAGUGGAAGAAGAGGGUCUCCAGUUUGACUCGGUGUGCGGGGUCCCGUACACGGCUCUGCCCAUUGCCACGAUCAUCUGCUCCAGGAAUGAACUGCCCAUGCUCAUCAGACGAAAGGAGGCCAAGGACUACGGGACCAGGCGUAUGGUGGAGGGGUCGUAUCAAGAGGGGGACACGUGUCUGAUCAUCGAGGACACCGUGACCACCGGCACCAGCAUCAUGGAGACUUCUGAAGUCCUCUACGAAGAGGGACUCAAGGUGACAGACGCCAUCGUCCUCAUGGACAGAGAGCAAGGCGCCGUGCAGAUGUUGGCGUCUCGGGGAAUCCACCUCCAUCCCAUCAUCUCCAUGUUCAAGCUGCUCAACGUGCUGCAGGCAGCCGAACGCAUCGACGCCCAAACGGCCCAGAGCGUCCGCGAGUUCAUCCUGGACAACAACACUUUCAGGCCCAAGGAGGAGAACGGCAAUGAGGCUCCUGCCACCAAGAAGCCAUGUGUGGAGCAGAAGCUGGAGCUGAGCUACGCAGACAGAGCCAAGCUGCCAAACAUUCACCCUCUGGCCUCCAAGCUGCUGACGCUCAUGGAGGAGAAGCGGUCGAACCUCUGCGUGUCGGCAGACGUGACCAGCAACCAGGAGCUUCUCCAGCUGGCCGACUCUCUGGGUCCCAAGAUCUGCGUGCUGAAGACGCAUGUGGACAUCCUCGAGGACUACACGGCGGACUGCUGCCAGAAGCUGCAGGAAUUGGCGGAGAAACACAACUUCCUCAUCUUUGAAGACCGCAAAUUUGCCGACAUUGGGAACACGGUCAAGCAUCAGUACCAAGGUGGUCUGUACCAGAUCUCAUCUUGGUCCCACAUUGUGAAUGCUCAUGCGGUGCCGGGGCCCGGUGUGGUGAAGGGUCUGAGUGCUGUAGGAAAGAGUCUGGGCCGAGGCUGUUUGCUCAUAGCGCAGAUGAGCUCCCAGGGCUCACUGGCCACUGGAGAAUACACUAAGGCAGUGCUGAAGAUGGCGGAGGAGCAGUCUGACUUUGUGAUCGGCUUCAUCUGUGGCUCCAAGGUGGGCACCAGGCCGGAGUUCAUCCACAUGACCCCCGGGGUGCAGAUGCAGGCUGGAGGUGACGGGUUGGGCCAGCAGUACUCCACCCCAGAGGAAGUUAUCCACAAUAAAGCCUCUGACAUCAUCAUCGUGGGACGGGGUGUCCUGGAGGCUCCUGAUAGGCUGAAAGCUGCCGAGUCGUACAGAAAGUCGGGUUGGGAUGCUUACACAAAGCGCCUGAGUCGAAGCCGCCAAUAGGAGCUUGGGAGUCGUGUCAUCAUUACGCCUCUUCUAAAACUUAAAUAACAACUCUAAUAAUUAGCUAUGCAGAUGACCUGGGAGUGUUUGUUUUUUUACAUAGUCCACAUAGACCAGAGUGCACGUGAUUGUUUCCAUAGAAGCAAUAUGUACACUUUCACAUUUAAAUGCAAAAUAAACUGUUCCUACACAAACAGACGUAGAUGUUUGGGAUCAGACGCGUUACUGUAAAAAUAUGCUGUCGUUCCAUCCUGUCCUUUAAAGAAGCUGCUUUACAUGUGUGUUUUUCUGAUUCCCUCCAAUUCAUCCGCCGCAAAACCCGACCUGACACCUGAUCAGGUGAGGGAACGUCUGACCAGGUUCAAUCCAGAUUCAGCAAAAUGCUUCAAUUUGAGGAUAAAAUGUGUUUUAAUUACUAAUCUUGUUAAUUAGAAAAUAUACCAAAGUAUCAGUCCAGGUGUCUUUCCCUUGACAAAGAUCACCUCUUCCACUGACACUUGAUUUUUUCAAUAGCGCACAAGUCCUUUGUGUGCUUUGUGUAGAAUUGCUGAAAUACUACACUAAAUUUUGGCAGAACAAAUAAGGGUGUGUAUGGGAAAUGCCUGUUAACGGUUGUAUAAUACUCCGUUAAUAUCUGGGGCUCUGUUCUUUUUUAUAGCACACAAUUGAGCAUCUGUAAUACUUCGGAGUUGCUGAAGCUGUAUUUUCCACAUCACAGACACUAAUCUGUGCUAGUUACAGUCUUUCAUUUUUCAGUUCGAGCUCAUCAGUACUAAGUUGAUUAAAUGGCUUGAGCGUGUUACUUUAAUGGAUGCCGGGGUUUUCAAUAACAAACUGUAAUCUUGACUUAAUUUUUUUUUUGAAAGUUAUGAAUUUUAUAGGUCAACAAUGGAAAUGAUGGUGUGUGGUUUACCACGUUGAGAACAUGACGGAACCGUCUGCUUCACAGGAGUUCAGCCUUUUCCAUCAGUUUGAUUAUUGUCUGUAUGAUCAGGUUAUUUCCUCUGAUUACUGUGAAUCCCAAAACAGGAGAAAUCUGACUGCAGCCAGAUUCACAACUGACACAAUUAACUCCACUGCCGUCCACGCUGCUCAGUAAAAGAAGUUUAGUUUAGGCAUUAAUCUUUCUCAGGUGACUCUCAGAUCAAAGAGCUGACAGAACAAGUGUGGAAGAAGUUUGCCCACUGGUUAUUUACUCUCUCCAAAAGACAAGUUGAUAAACAGGAAAGAACUGCCUACACUUAGACCCCUCCCCCUUGGAAAGACUUUGCAGACCUGAGGCUGCAACUGUAGUGAAUUUAGACCUCAUGUGAAUGCAGUGAAAACGGUUUGUGGUUUUCUGCUUCAUUCAAUGGAUAAAUAUGAAGUUUCCUCUCCUACAGAGGCUUAUAGUUUGGGUUUUCCGUGCCAAUAAGUUUCCUAAAAGAAGAUGCAGUGACUUUUUUUGUAUAAUGAACUCAAUAAAAACUUCUUGUUUCAA